GAUAAUACGGUAUAAUAAUACAAUGUUACUGUUUAAUCUGGUCUAUACAGAUUUUAAUUUGUCACAGCCUCAAAUGUUCUAAUCAUUAACAUUCAGAGUUGCCUACAACAGGCCCUUAGUUUCCUGUUUCCUGCAGGCUUAAGUUUCCGCUUUAUGUGUCAAAAUCUUCAACACAACCUUUUUAGACUCUGUUUAAAGGGAGGGGGCCAACUCUGCAAACCCUUAUGUAUGAUUAAAUCCUUGCAUGUAAUAUUGUUUACUGAUGUAAAAUGUCAACCUAAGUUCUGGAGACAAAUAAAGCAAUUAAUGGCGACUAAUAGUAAUUAGUCCAUUCAUCCAUUUUUCAAACCGCCUAUUCUGUUCAGGUUCACAGGAGGCUGGAGUCCAUCCCAGCACACACUGGGCCCAUCCCAAUUAUACCCUGUAAUUAGUAUUUAGUCAGAAUGAUAAAUGAUCGACAUACCUCAACAAACUAUCAGCCUAGAGGCAGCGAUCCUGAAUGCUCCAUCUGCUCCUUUUUUUUUUUUUUAAAUGUGGGCCUAUGGCUAGGGGUGAUGUUUUUUUUUUCUGUGCACUGAUACAAAUAAAAUGUAGCCUAUUACAAUAACAAAACAUUCUAAAAAUAUAAAACUCUGGCUCAUUUAGUUUUACUUUAUGCAAAGUGCCUCACCUUGCCGUACCCAACUAGCACUGACGGGAUCCUCCUGUGAUUCAAAGCUUCUCAGAUGUCAAAGCACCUUCAUUCAACCAGGGGUUUUCUCAAGCAUGCGCAGGGGCGGAAGACUAUCUCAUCGGGAAAAAAAAAAAAAAAAAAAAAAAGAAGUUCACACACAAAGCCACGCCUGCGCGGUGUGCCUCUUAUUACAAGUUGCUGCAUCUUUUUAGGAAGCUACAUGCUUUCUUUCGACACCCAAAGGUCGCAUGGUGUCAGGGACGCGCCUAGUCACGGGAACAGUCCGGAGCGCGUUCAUGAGGUGCAAGAUCGCGCUUUAACAUUGAAGAGUAUCAAACAGCGUGCGGGGAUCCAACCUAAUGGUUUACAUUGGGUCACAACGACCAGUCAAUGAUAUGCGCCGAGUAUUUUCUUUUCUUGUCCGGCGUUUAUUUUGCAACCCUUUUCUAUUUUGCACGGGAAGAAACUGACAUAGCAAACUCAACUGUAUGAUAGGGGAGCAGGAGCACACAGUAUGGUCCGGGAAACCAGACAUUUAUGGGUGGGAAAUUUACCCGAAAACGUACGUGAAGAGAAAAUCAUUGAGCACUUCAAGCGAUAUGGACGUGUGGAGAGUGUCAAGGUCCUGCCCAAGCGAGGUUCAGAAGGUGGAGUCGCAGCCUUUGUGGAUUUUGUGGACAUUAAAAGUGCUCAGAAGGCUCAUAAUGCUAUCAACAAGAUGGGGGACAGAGACCUGCGCACUGAUUACAAUGAACCAGGCACAAUUCCUAGUGCCGCGAGGGGGCUGGACGAUAGUCUGUCCAUAAGCUCUCGUGGUCGGGAUGUAUCAGGGUUCACAAGGGCGGCAGGGGGGGCCGUGUAUGGGCCCCCCACGUCGCUCCACAGCAGAGAUGGACGCUAUGAACGCAGACUUGACGGGACGGCUGAAAGUCGGGAUCGGGCGUACGAUCACAGUGCCUACGGACAUCACGAGAGACCCGGUAGCAGUUUCGACCGCCAGCGGCACUAUGAAACAGACUAUUAUCGCGAUGCAAGAGAGAGGACUCUAAGCACAGCUGGGGGUGGGUCUGGUACCUCCAGUGGAAGUGGUACAACGGUGUCGUCAGGAGUCAGUGGAACUAUUGUUAGCGCUGUUGCUGGCAACACAGGAACAGGUGGAUCAGCAGGGGCCACAACUGGAGGAAGCGGAGGAUCUACAUCCAGCGCGGUCGGCUUUUACCGCUCACACAGCAGGAGCCCUUGUCGCUUUGAGACACCAGAGCCUCGCUAUGAGCCUCGUGCCAGGGAACCCUUUACUUUGGCCAGUGUGGUUCACAGGGACCUUUACCGGGAGGACCGGGGUCGGCGCGGGGAGCGGUCGUACCGCCACAGUCGUAGCCGGUCUCCACACUCAACACAUUCGCGAAAUCCCUCUCCGCAGAGACUGGCGAGUCAGGCUACCCGUCCCCCACGCUCCCACAGUGGGUCAGGCUCUCGCAGCCGCUCCUCCAGUUCAGACUCGGUCAGCAGUACCAGCAGCAGUACGAGUGGCAGCAGUGAUUCUAGCAGUAGUUCCAGUGAUGACUCCCCGGCACGUUCAGUGCAGUCUGCUGCUGUUCCUGCACCCUCAGCACUUCCUUUAUCCUCCCAUGACAAGGAUGAACCACGUAAAAGCUUUGGCAUCAAGGUCCAAAAUCUUCCUGUGCGCUCUACAGAUACAAGCCUGAAAGAUGGUUUGUUCCAUGAAUUUAAGAAACAUGGAAAGGUCACAUCUGUACAAAUCCACGGAGCUUCAGAGGAGCGCUAUGGGCUUGUCUUUUUCCGCCAGCAAGAGGACCAAGAGAAAGCACUUGGAGCAUCAAAAGGGAAGCUUUUUUUUGGCAUGCAAAUUGAUGUCACUGCCUGGAAUGGCCCUGAGACAGAAAGUGAGAACGAGUUUCGGCCCUUGGAUGAGAGGAUAGACGAGUUUCAUCCAAAGGCCACACGGACAUUAUUUAUUGGAAACCUGGAGAAGACCACCACUUACCAUGACCUGCUUAACAUCUUUCAACGCUUUGGAGAAAUUGUUGAUAUUGACAUUAAGAAGGUGAAUGGAGCCCCACAGUAUGCCUUUCUACAAUACUGCGACAUUGCCAGUGUCUGUAAGGCCAUAAAGAAGAUGGAUGGCGAGUACCUUGGUAACAAUAGAUUAAAGCUGGGCUUUGGAAAGAGUAUGCCAACAACGUGUGUUUGGUUAGAUGGAUUAGCAUCAAACACAACUGAGCAGUUUCUUACUCGUCAUUUCUGCCGCUAUGGACAUGUUGUCAAGGUUGUAUUUGACAGAAUGAAAGGAAUGGCCCUUAUCCUGUAUAACAACAUUGAAUAUGCACAAGCCGCUGUCAAAGACACAAAGGGGUGGAAGAUAGGGGGCAGUAAAAUCAAGGUGGACUUUGCCAAUCAGGAAAGUCAAAUAGCUUUCUAUCGUUCAAUGCAAGCAUCAGGGCAGGAUAUUCGAGACUUUUAUGACAUUCUCUCUGAAAGAAGGGAUGAUCGACGAACUCAAUAUGAGUUUCAAGCAGAAAGACAAUAUUAUGAAAAUGUACGAACACCAGGAACAUAUACUGAAGAUCCACGUCGCAAAUACCCUGCCAGAAGUCGGGAGUUCUACACUGAAUGGGACCCGUAUCAGGGAGAUUACUAUGAUCCACAAUACUUUGACGAUCCCCGGGAAUAUAGAGAAUACAGAGCUGACCCUUAUGAGCAGGACAUUCGCAAAUACAGCUAUUUGCAACGGGAACGAGAGAGAGAGAGGGAGCGCUUUGAAACAGAUCGUGGACGUGAUCAUGGGAGGAGGACCAUUGAGCGUAGCCAAAGCCCAUCUCACAUUGCCUCUCGUCGUCCUGCUAGCCCUACGGCCUGUCCUUCACUCUCUGAGAGGAUACCAAGUGAUUCAGACCGCCGUAUUUGUUGCCGAUCUUCUGAAAGAAGUGGUAGCUGCAGUUCAAUCUCCCCACCCAGAUUUGAAAAACUUGAAAAGGCACGCACUGAAAGGUAUAAUAAAACUGACAAACUUGAGAAGGAUCGAGUCUUUGAUGUUGAAAGAGGGAAUUUGGUUGAAAAGGAGAAACGGGCUGGACGUAAAGAUCGAGGGGACAAGGACAAAAGUGAGAAACAGAGGCUUAAGAAGCUGAAAGUCGCAUCACCUAUUAUCCAAGCAUGUGAGACAGAACCUGAACUUGAAAGAGAUGUUAGCCCUGAGUCUGUCCUUCGAAGUAAAAACAGUAAAAUUCCAAAGGAAGGCUCAAGCAAAGGAAGGUUAGACCUUCUGCCUUGUGUUGUGCAGUUAACACGUGUUAAAGAAAAAGAAGGAAAAUUGAUUGGUCAUUCUGUCCAAGAAAAACAAAUACAGAGGGGUGGGAAUGACAGUCCUAGAUUGUCAUCACCUUCAGCUGACCAGAGGAGUCCUCCAUUCCGCCCAGAAUCAUCAAAAGGUGAUAUCUCUAAGCAUGGAAAGGUGGCCAGAGACAAAAAUAUGCACAGUUUAGUGGAGGUUAUUGACAAGGAUGCUAAAAUCAAAUCCAAAAAACAUGGAAAAUCUGAAAUGGGAUUUGACAGUAUUUCUGUGGAUAUUGACCGUUUAGCUGCAAGGAAAAGGCGUUUUGAAGACUCUGGGAAAACUGAUCGACAGAAGAGAACUAGUGAGGAGGAUCUUGUUAGACCUGGACUUCAUAAACUAUGGAACAAUGCUAAGGAGACAGAUUUGGAUAAGAACCUUUUGAUAAAAGGGAUCCAUAAAAAGGAGAACUACAAGGAUAAAUGUGUCCGAAUGGUUUCAGUUAACAGUCCUAAAGAUGGACGAGACUGUGAAAGCAACUCCAUAGACCUUUCUCUGGAACGGCAAUCACGGCUAGGGGAGCUGCCUGAAGAUUCUACAGAUCAAGUAGACUCUCCCUACCUUAAAAUUGAUUUAGAAUGCUUAAAAAGUGACAACAGCUCCAGUCUCACAAAGAUGUCAGAUGAUGGCAGCCUUGAUUUGGAUGAAUUAAAAGAACAACAGAAACAAGUUUUGUCUGAAAACGAACAAGGGAGAUUGAAAUGCAGAGACUCAGAUGAUGGAGACGAACACUUUGUGCACAUUGACCAGAAUAAUAUAUGCACAAAACAAAUUGAACAGAGUCGAUGGCUCCGACCCAAGCUUGGCGAUCCUGAUAAGUUAGUCAAGUUUGAAAACCCACCAAGUAAUGAGACACGUGACUUUGAAAAGGAUUAUAUCGUGCAUGUUGGAAAACCAAUUCAGGACAUGGGCAAUGAUGACUUCUCUUCCUGUAAACGAAAGAAAUUAGAGAAUUUCGACUUUGAAAUAGUCACUGCAAAAAGAGAGCGGAACUUUGCAAGUUCCCAAAAGUUGAAUGACGACAUCUAUCAGAGUAUAACAUCCUCAAUAGGACAUGGUCACUUUUCUGCAAAUGAGGAAGAUGAAACUGCUCAUAUUUCUGUGUCAGUUAUAAACAAGGAAAGAAAAUCUUCUCCAACAACAGAUGAUAAAUUUUCACACACAGAGUCAUUGAAAAACAGUUUGGGCCUGACAGCCACACAUUUUCAGUCUUCUGACACUGAGCUUCCAAAGCUUAAGACAAACUUGCUUGGCUGUGAUGAGGAGUUAAUGCAACGUUGGGAAAGACGGAUGAAGUCUGAUUCACUUAGAAUGGAAAUGACUUUUCCAAGUGAUAUUGCAAAACGUGAAAGCCUUCGCAAACGCCUUGGCCAGGAUUUGGAACCUGGAGAAGUGCAGUCAGAUUCGGAUGAUGAUGGAGAAAACAAACACAUCUCGCCCAAGUGCAAUAGUUCUUUGUCUUAUAUCCUCAGGGAACGUGACGAGAGGAUGACAGACCUGAAGCUUUCAGGCUCAUUGGAAAAGAACAAGUUUUAUUCUUUUGCAUUAGAUAAAACUAUAACUCCUGACACAAAAGCACUGCUUGAAAGAGCCAAGACACUGUAUUCCUCCAGGGAAGAUAAUUGGUCAUUUCUUCCCUCGCGCUUUCCAACCUCCCACAGCUGUUCAGAUAAGGACAAGGUAGAGCUAGCACCUCGACCUAUUCCGUCUUGGUAUAUGAAAAAGAAAAAGAUUCGUACUGACUCUGAUGAAAAGCUGCACGAUAAAAAGGAGGAACUUAAGCCACAGGACCAAGAGCGUCAGGACCUGUUUGCCUCUCGCUUCCUGCACAGCUCAAUCUUUGAACAGGAUUCCCGUCGUUUGCAGCAUCUUGAACGUAAAGACCAAGAUUUAGAAACUGGAGUCGGUAGGCCUUUUGCUAAGUCAGGUGCUACUGAGGCACAGCCUGAAUCUGGAAUAGGUGACAUCCCACAAGAGCCCAUAGUUCUUUUCCAUAGUCGGUUUUUGGAGCUUCAACAACAAAAGGACAAGGACCAUCCUCCACCUGAUACUGAGAAUGAUUCGAUAGUGGUGGAGAUUAAAAGAGAUGAGGUGCAGAAUUAUGAUAAUGUGUUGUCUGAUAAGGAAUCGGAGCCAGUACUGAAGCUUGAUGACAAAUCAGCCAGUCCUCCAUUAACCUUGUCGGUUUCACCAUUUGUUCCUUCCCCUAAAGAAAUGUCUUCACCAGAAAAGAAAGAACUUUUAUCUCCAUCCUCAGAUCAACCUCUGUCAUUUGUCAAAGAAGAAAAAGUAGAGCCAGUUCUUGAGGUAUCUCCAUCUCCCCAUUCUCUUCCUAUGGAAGACUUCAAACCAGUUGCUCCUAAGUUAACUGUAACCCCUCCACUUGAACCAGAAAAUGAAAUGGAAACAAAAAAAGAGUUUAUUGAACCCAAAGCAAAAAUUGGAGAUAGUCUGGCAGUGGAGCAUAAUCCUCUUGCGGAAGAUAAGCCUCCCACUCCUGGUGGUUCCCUAAGUGGUUUUGAGAGAGAGACUGCAGAAUUUACUUACUCUGACUAUCCAAAGACUGAAGAAAAAUCUGAAAUUAUUAAGACAGAACCUAAAAUAGAAAAUCAGGAAACUAAACACUUUGAGGAAUCUCAGAAAGCCGAGACAGAUAGUGAGGUGUGUAUGCCAGAGCUAGAGGCUGAAAUAAAACCAUUACCAAACCGCAGACAGUCCAAGAGUAAAAGGGCAAAACCACUGUCAGUAUUACGCACUUCACAACCUUCCCAAAUUGUUGCAACUGAGAAACCUGCAACACGAAAGAGUGAACGGAUUGACAGAGAGAAGCUCAAGAGGGCCUCAUCUCCUCGAGCAGAAGUACCAAAAGCAUCAUUUGAGUCUAAAACCACAUCAAAGUCACCAAUUCAUGCAUCAGAUUCUGAGCAAAACCUUGAGUCAAGUUUGAUCCAUGGGAGAACACGUCGCAGGAAUGUAAGGUCAGUCUAUGCCACGCUACACGAAGAUGACCAAGUUGGCAAAGAGGUGGUUGAGUCAUCACGCUCCAUGCGCAAACGUGGUGCUGAUAAAGAACCAAUACAGCAAGAUGUUCAAAUUCCAUCUACCAAUACAAGGCGAGGACGCCCACCUAAAAGAGGUGUCAAACGAGGUGAGGAUGUAUCACCAAUUAAGGGGGAUCAGCAGAAAAUGAUGGAAGAGGAAACAGAGGUCAAGGAGACCUCAUCUACUGUAGAGGUUGUGAAAGCUUCUGAGGGAUGGCGUUCACCCCGCACCCAGAAAGUACAGCAAACACAACUGACUUUAUCUGCUCCAGUUAACAAGAAAGGAGGUAGAAUAGACAAACAGUGUGGGAGCACUACAGUGCUAGCUGAACAAGCUGACCUGGCAAGUCAUGAUGAGUCAGAACUUAAACCUAAAGCUGAUUCUGAACAGUUUGGGAAGUUAUCUGAAAAGGUGGAAAACGCAAGCUCACCAGUGCACAGAAAGGAAAAAGACUUAAAAGAUUCUGGUGGAAAUAAAUCUACUGAUGGGGAUAUUGAAAAGGUAGACACCAGCUGCUCUGAGAGGAGACAACAGUCUGAAAAGAGUGUUAAAGUGAAAACACCUAGGCUGAAAAGAAAUAACAAGCAGGUCACUGAAGAUAAAUCACACAGCUUAAAAAAUCUUGAGAUCCGUGUAAGCGUUGAUGACGUAAAAGGUUUACUUCGUUCAGAGGACGAUGAGCCGGAGUCAUUUGAAGCUCCUACUAUUACAAAAGCCAAGACAGUAGUGCAAGAGAAUGAGGAAACAAAGAUGAUUGGCUUUCCAAAAGAAUCAAAAGAACCUGCCGCACAGGAAAAGGAAGACACCUUAUCAGAACCUGAACUUCCUGCUGAUCCAGCUGCUGCCCUCUUAGCACGGCAGAUGGAACUAGAGCAGGCAGUUGAAAAUAUUGCUAAACUUACAGUUGAGCAACCUCCUCGACCGUAUAAGGAACCACCUUCAGGGCAACCUACCGUAUUGCCUCCUGUCAUAGUAGAGCCAGAAGGUGAGGUUGAGGAGGAGAAGCGAGCUAAUCCUGCUAGCGAAACUGAACUUGCAGCCGCUAUUGAUUCCAUUACAGCUGAAGAAACAUGUGCAGAUGCAGAUGGUUUCACAGCUCCUCCUACUUACACUGCCCUUAUUCCUACCCCUGAAUCCUUGAUACCCUCCUCCUCCAAUGAAAUUAUGGAACCUGAAACACACAUGGUGAUCAACAACAUUCUCACAGCGGACUCAGAUGAUGGUCCUCUGACACCUAGCCCAAAGGGGCUAAUGGCAGCGUCUAAGGCAGCUGAGGAUACUCCUCUGCUUGAAACACCCAAGAAAACAGGCAAAGUCAGAGCCAAAACCCCAAAGAAGUCGAGAAGUCGUAAAGGUGCGGCUAACAAAAAAGGGGAUACUGCUGAAGAGGUUUCACAAUCAGAGCCCUCCCCAGUCAAGUUACCGGAGUCUAUCCCAGAAGAUCCAGAAACCAUCAACUCAAAAGCAGUUACUGUUACAGCUGGGGCAACUGCAGCAGCCUCUGUGGUCACUGCCGUUGCAACUUGUAGGCGUGAUGUUACAAGUGCUAUAACUGUAGACACGCCCAAAGAGGCAGAGCAGCCUGAAGUUGAACAGCCUGUGCCCAAAGAAUCUGCCUUUCAUUCAGGCGCAAGCAACAUCCCCAGUUGUAAAACGCAUCCCCAAGCAGCAGAGCCAUCUACCCCUAUCCUUGCCACUGCCCGUCCACAACCUGUAUCCCAGUUCAGUGUACCCCUUCUGCGGCCUGCCAAAAUGCCACUUUCGCCAGACUGGCCUCCUAGAACUGAAGAAAGUAGAAUCUAUGUUGCUCCUUCUUGCCACGUCACAGUGGUAACUCCUUCUGCACCAGCAUCAACUGCACCUUCAACAAAUCCCCCAAUGCCUCCUGACACCAAGGCCUCGGAUAUUGACCCUAGUUCCAGUACCUUAAGAAAAAUCCUAAUGGAACCUAAAUAUGUGUCUGCAUCAAACAGCAAUUCUAUACCUACAACUAUGGUGACAUCUGCAAUGUCAGAUCCUUCACGGAUGUCAGAGUAUGAAAAUCCAUCUGAUACAGUGGGUUCAAGACAAUUACAUCCUGAAGAGAGACCACCUUUACCCCCUCAGCCCAUACACCACAAACCCUUUCCACUAACUGAGUCCCAACAGAACUGUGGAGAGAAGACCCAGCAUACAAUUAUUUCUCCUGCUACCUCAGUAAUAAGUCGAAUUCCGAUGCCUUAUGAUACAGAGGAAACUCCACGAAUUUCCCUAAGCAACCGAAGCAUUGGCCUAUCUAUUCCCAAGCAAAAAUUUAGAUCAAACUCUAAUGAGAAUAAUCGCUACCAUGGAAUGGAUAUAGUAGAAGAUGGGGCAAGAGGGCGCUCGGUUGUUGAGACCACUCCCUUCAGUACAGGCUCCAGUCCUGGCCUAAGGGUCAACACAUCAGAGGGUGUUGUUGUUCUCAGUUAUUCAGGUCAGAAAACUGAAGGAACUCACAGGAUGAGAGCCAAAAUUAGUCAAAUUCCUCAAGCCAGUGUUGGUGAUAUAGAGUUUCAGCAAUCUGUGUCUAAAUCUUCAGUAAAGCAAGACCCACUCAUAACAUCAUCCCAGUCGCCUACCCAAAAAGUAGCCCCACCUCCUACAGCUUAUGGGCACACAGGGGUUCUUUUGACAGGCCAGUCUUAUAACACUCAACCUGUCAUUUCCAGUACCAAGCAGGAGAGUCUUGGUUGUGAUAAAUCUGAAGCUCCGUAUCACACAGCAUCCCAGGGUGGCGUGGUAAAGAUGUUCCAACAGCCAGUUAGUUCUCCUCAAGUCUUGAUGUACAACCAAGCUGUGAUACAGCAGCAUGGCAAGAGAGGACUGGGGACAGAACCUCUACCGAAAAAGAUGGACAUUAGCAAAGCUGUUCAGCAGUCUAACCUCAGCCCAGUCAUGAGUCCACACCAUCCAUCCCUAUCUGGAGCCCGCAUGAGCCCCAGCCCUGGCAUCCCAACUGAUCGGUCAGCUCUACACCUAAAGCAAGAACCCCAGUCCCCACGAACAGCUGUUCACUCCCCUUCACCCUUUGUCAAAGCCUGUCCUCCAAGCAAUUCUCCUAGAGGAACUUCUGUCGUUCUGGGUCAUGGCAUGCCACCAAUGUCUACAUAUCAUUCUAGUAUGCAUCACCCACACUCAGAACAGUCCUCCGUCAUAAUUCAACCUCACAGUGUUACUCAGGCAAUGGCUCAUGAAGCCAGGAUGAACACUCCACCAAUGUCUGGGAUAAACUAUGGAAGGCGAGGUGACUCCAUGUCUUCUCCCCACCCAGGGCCUCCACAGCGCUCAAACACGCCGCAGCCUAAUAUAAUCCGAGAUAUGGUACUGCAGUCUCACUCAAGUCCCCAGGGGUCAGUAUCAGGUGGUGGUGGUGGUGGCAGCAGUGCAAGUGAAGAAGACCCCAGGCACUUUAACCAAGCCCUUAGUAGACCUUCAGUGCCCCAGCUCCAAUCAGAUGUAAUGAUGAUUCACAGUGAUCACAGAGGGCUCCACUCAAGCAUACGCAUGGACCAGUACAGAGACAUGCACCAGCGAAUUCUCAUGCACCAGCAACUGGGAGAGCAGGCUGCUGUAGAAGCAAGACAGUCACGCACCUCAGAGACUGGAACAACGUCUUUAAGCAACAUCUCUGGACCUUCAAAGAGUCCUAUAGUAGGGAAGAGCAUCGAACAUUCCACAAAUGAAUCCCUUAAACCACUAGAAGGAAAGCUGAUACAUCCACCCUCCAACGAAAGUAGAAUCAGGGGAGUCCAUGCAUCUAGUCCUGUCAUGGUGUCUCCUCACCCUCAUGGGGUUCAGCUGAUGCAUCCAGGAGGUGCAGGCUCCUUUCCAGUAUAUCGGGACAUGCGGGGCUUCUCAUCCCAGUUUACAGGACAUCCUUCAUCAGGACACAACCUGGCUAACCAAGGCAUUACAUCGUCACAGGUCCCUCCUGAGCCUGAGCUGGUUCAGAGGGGUAAAAUGUCUCAGUCACAUGGGGGAGGAAGUGAUUCCAAGCCUGAGAGUUCCCAUCUUCGCCAUGCUACCUCUACAGACCUCUCACACAUUUCCCGAAUACCAGGGGAUACAAUCUCACCCUCAUACCAGUCUCCCAUGACGUCUCCUAUGGCUCUUACACAUAAGCCAGAUCUAUCUCUACAGAAAAGCCCUCCAGCCUUCCUGCCAACACCUCCGCCAGCAGUACCCCCAUCAAGUUCACUGCAGCCACGGCCUGAUGCUAAGCUGGAACAUUCAGGACAUCGUUCCAUUGACAUGGUGCAGCUUUUGACGAAAUAUCCUAUUGUAUGGCAAGGCCUGUUGGCGCUGAAGAACGACCAGGCUGCUGUCCAGUUGCACUUUGUUUCUGGCAACACCAUACUGGCCCAGCGCUCCCUGCCGCCCCCAGAGGGAGGUCCUCUUCUCCGUAUUGUCCAGAGGAUGAGGCUUGAGGCUUCCCAGUUGGACAGUGUGGCACGUAGAAUGACUGUGGAGAAUGACUAUUGUUUGCUACUGGCCCUACCCUGUGGUCGAGACCAAGAAGAUGUCCUUGGUCAAACCCAAGCCUUGAAAAGUGGCUUCAUCACCUACCUGCAAGCCAAACAGGCAGCUGGCAUCAUCAAUGUGCCCAACCCUGGCUCUAAUCAGCCAGCUUAUGUGGUGCAGAUUUUCCCGCCGUGUGAAUUCUCGGAGAGUCACCUUUCGCGCCUGGCCCCGGACCUUCUCAACAGCAUCUCCAGCAUUUCCCCUCACCUCAUGAUUGUCAUUGCCUCUGUUUAAUUACCUCCAUUUUUUUUCUUGAACAAAGCCAACACCAGCCCUUUUGGACUCGUCCAGUUUUGUAAACUGGAAUUGCCUCAUAUUUUUAUGAGUUUGACUUUUUGAAAAAUCUAAUUUAGCAUGCACUCACCUUUUCUCCUUCACUUCACCAAGUCCUUAAGUCACUCAAUGACAUUGAAUUCCAAAAACUAUACCUUUACAGAGAGGAUCUGAAGGGUUGACCGGGGAUUUUUGAUGAUCAUUUGUGAUUUCUCAUUUUAUUUUUGCCAUUUUUGGAGGUGUUGUGCAUAGCCUUUUCUAAUUCAUAGCAUUCAUAAAGCUAUGGAUUGAGACCUUUCUAUGGGAUAUUUUUUACCUUCAUAAAAGUGAUUGUGAUUUUUUUUUUUUUAAAAAGACAAACGAUGUGAGAAGUCAUUGCACUAUGUUAAGGAAAAAAUUGUGAACUCUGUACAGAUUUGAGUAUAAAAUUAUACAUGUAAAGGAAUUCCUCUCGUGAUCAGACAGGCUUGUGCAAGAUAAAAGAAAAUCAUUGCCUGGAAAAUUAUCAAGAAUCAUUUCCGCCUGAUCAAUCAUACUGCUUUUGCUUCUUCACCAUCAACCAAUUUCUACGUCAUUUCCGGACUCAACUCUCCAUCCCGAAGUGUUCCCUGCCCCAGGAACUCGUGAGGGGACGUUUAGAGUUGUACAGUUUACACUCAAUGCCUCAACAGGGGACUAUAUAAAGAAUAUUUAAUUUGUUUAUUUUUGUUUGCAUCUUCUUUAAGCCUAAGGGUAUUGUGGACAGUUGUGAAACUGUAAAUAUUCUAAAUAUUUAAAGACUGAAGCAAUGUGGAGAGACCAAGUGAAUUAUUUGAAAAGACAGAUCUUCAAAUCUCAGUGUUUUCUUUCUUUCUUUCUUUCUUUCUUUCUUUGGGCAGGGACAAGAGGAGGAAUGGUGGGAAGGAUCUGUACGAGAUCCAGGAGUGGUAUUCACAAAAAAUUUUUUAAUUGAUUCUGUGCCAAAAUGUCUUUUGCAAAUGCUCAACACACGCAAUGUAUCUAAAACAAAAAUCGAUCAGAACCUAUUUUCAUAUGUGACUUUGUAUUUUGCCACUCAGAGGGCAGACUUAAUUCCUUUUUUUGUAUUGUCCAUCAUCCCAACUCUGUUACUACAGUGCUUUUACAUUAUGAAAUUGUAUCCUCAUUUUGAAGGAACCAUUGUAUUGUAGGGGUUGCCUGUUUUUCUUCUUCCUGAUGUGGUCCUCUACUGCCCCCUGCUGUCUGAAGAUCAUCCUCUCACAUAUUAAGGACUGCAUCCUGAGGUCAUUUAAGCCAUGACUUCAUGACAGAUGUGCUAUAGCAUGCUUUAUUUUCAAAUCUUAAAGGGUAAAGUAAAAUCAGAGAGGCAAAGAAUGUGACUUGAACUUGACAUCAUGCCGCUAAUGGAUGUGUUGAUCAUUUGUCUCCCUCCCCUUAACUGUCUCCUUGAGCCAAGCUGUAAAUACUAAUGUCCUUAAUCUGUGCUCUUGUGUAUUUUCCCCUUUAUAAUUGUCUUUCUUCAGGGUCCUUAUUUUUGUUUUGUGCAACAAAACAAAGCAGUCUGAAAGAGAUAGGAGAUGAGGUGUAUGAAACCGAUGCUGAAAGUAAAACCAUGCUUGUCAGUUUUGUGGCUUAAAUAUUUCUGACUGCAAGCUGAAUACUCUCAUGGUUAUGUUGAAGGCACUUAUAAUUUUUGAUAAACAAAUGAGAAGAAAAUACAAAAAAACAAACUUAAAACGGUGAUUAAUAUGAAAACUGUCUUUUGAUCAAUCUUCAUUUUGAGUGUAUUUUGCUGUUCCUCCAUGAGGACAUUUUAAACUGUAAAAUAAAUGGUUGUUUAACUUACUUCUGAAGAUCAUUAAAUGGUCCGUCACUCUUG